GCAUUCUUUCGAAUGUGAGGCUACCGUUCGAUUAUUACUCAAAACAUCCUAUCGAUAACCGUAUUAGUCGUUAUUGGAAGCGAGAGAAAACGUAGUGUUAAGGUGGCGUAAGCGCUAAAUUCAAACUGAUGUUCGAAAGUAAAAUAUUUGUAAGGCAUUAUCGACGGUAGAUAAAUAGAGUUUUACCUUCGUUACCAAAUCACUCGCAACGUAGUUUAAACGACAACUAAUCAGAAAUAUCAAGAACUGUUUUUAGCGGUGUUAUAAGAUGGAAUCAGGUGCUGGCAUUAAAAGAUUACCAAUUGAAGCCUUAGGACCUGGGACAAGCAAUUACUUUGUAGUUGGAAUAAUAAUAGCGAAGCAGAAUCCAAGAAAAAUACAAAGUCGAGUCGGUUCUGCAGAAGAAAGAGGCGUGUGCAGUUUCACAAUAAGAGAUUCGCCAUACGAUUUUAUAAAUGUUAACUGUUGGGGAUCAUUACAUUUCAUUGAGACAGAAAUGGAGAACUACAACAUUGGUGAUGUUGUUGAAAUCAGCAAUGCCAGGGUUACACACCGUAAGCCAGAUCAAGAUGAGAAAUUUAGUCCUACUGUGACAAGUCCAUGUCAGCUGACAGUUUCUGAGAACCAAAAUUCCUUGAAGUUAUAUGGAGGAGAUGACUGCAGUGCAUUUGAGCCUCUGCUGAAUCUUACAACAAAGCCCCCAACAGAUUUCUAUACUCUUGCUGACAUACACAGCAAUGGGUCCAGCAUGCGGGGAGAGUCAGUGAACCUACUUGCUGUUGUUCGUGAUAUUGGUCCUAUCAGAACAAUAAAAACAAAAGAUGGAAGAAGCAUUAUAUGCCGGGAUAUAACAAUAAUGGAUCAAACCAGUUCUGGACUGCCAGUGCAAUUAUGGAAUGCUGCAACUGCACAUCGUGCAGACUCUUGGGAGCCUCGCAACACAGUGUUGUUUUUAGUAGACAUGAGAGUUGAAUGGAAUGCUUUUAAACGUGGAAUGGUAGCUAGUGAUGGACUGCGCACUAUAAUAACAGAGAAUCCUGACACUUCUGAAGCAAUGAUGCUUCGAGCAUUUGCUAGAACAGCCCCUGUUAAACCUAAUGAAAUUCUGGAGCAGCUUGCUAGCACAAUACCAGACCCUGGCAGCAUCAGGCAAGUAAUGACAGUGCAGCAAGUCUUCGAUCGUACUUCAGUUAACUAUGCAGAAGCAGCCAAUACAGAAGAUAAACAGUUCACUGCUUUAAUUUAUUGUCUUGUGACUCAUCUUGAUCUGGAUGGCACCUCACGCAUUACUUCCACGAGAUGUUCAAGAUGCCAGCUGCCAAUUGAUGGGAUCUGUAUAAAUCUGGAGUGUCCUGUGGGAUCAGGAGCUGAAAUUGCUGCUCCAGACACUAUAUUUGAUAUAAGAAUGAGACUUACGGAUCACACUGGAUCACUGGAAAAUUGUCGUUUAACAGGCACCGCUGCUGAAAGAGUCCUCAAUUGCACAGUUAAUGAAUUUCUGGCCAUGAAAGAUGAUUCAAGAACAGCACUAAAGUGGUGCUUGCUUAUGGAACGCUGUGCAGCAAGAAUUAUGGUAUUGCGGCCAUCCUCAGAGCAACGACGUCCUCUUAUUUCUGUAUUGGCAUGUUCAGUUGCAAAUCCUGUAGAAGUUGCAGCACAUAUUCCAAUUUUUUAGUCAUUCUAUAAAGUUUUAUGAUAUAAAAUUUAAUACUAUGUCAUGCUGUCUGUUGCUGUCAAUGUGUUGUACCAAAUAAGAUUAAAUGUGAAUUCUUAUUCUUUUUAGCUUUAAGUAGGUGCCACUUAAUGAAUUAUUGUCAAUUACUGUCAUUGAACUUUAAUUUUCUGUAAAGAAAUUGUAUAUAUGUAUUGCUCACAUGUCAAUGAAAUGAGUUUUUAGUUGAUACAUAAGCAUGUUCACAUGCAAACAUCAUGGGUUAUGCGUUCACAUUAUUAUAUAAGUAAUAAGUCUUGAAAACAAAGUGAAGAUCCAGCAUUACUGAAGACCAUAGAGUACUUAGAGAAUGAAGUAUCAAAUGAUAACUCAGACUAAUAAAAGAAACACUGUUUAGACAGAAUUACGACUCAGUGGAAUGGAAAUGGUUGCUCAUCAUCCCAGCUCAUUUAUGGCCAGCCAUACUGAAGUAUUUUCAUAAUGCACCAUAAGAUCAUUUGACAUUUGUGAAGGCCCUUGAUAGAAACAGAAGUAGGUAUCAUUGGCCAGAUCUCUAGAAAUCUGUAAGUCUUUAUGCUGGCCACUAUAGGGAAUGCCAACAACAACAGCAUGUGCUUCAAUUAUGUGUGGACAUCUUGCACUAAUUUCUCCUCCAUUUGUUUCAUUUCAGUGGACUGUAAUUAAAUUCUUGUUUAACUAGACGGUCAGCUGCCUUCCUUACCUGCUAUACUGCUAACAAAGCUGUACUGAAGGCUGCAACUCUCAAAAUUGCCAGAUUUCUUGUUGAGAGCCUGAUUUUGAAGCAUGGAACACAACAUUAUGUUCUGACUGUGAAAAGGUGUUUGAGUCAGUACCGGUGUUAUAAGAAAUUUGACAGUGCAGCAUUGCUCACAGGAUGACAAUUUCCUACCACACAUAGAGAAAUGGCUUCUUGAAACAUUCUAAUAAGAUUUUGGCAGAUAUUUAUAUUGGUAUGAUACAGUGGAACAUCAAUUUUAUGUUCUGCAAUUUUACGUUUUUCUCGAUUCUACACCAUACAUUUGUAGCCCCUGUGAAAAAUCCAUAAAAUCAAUGUUAAAAAUUGCCUGAUUUUAAUUUCUUCCUAGUAAGGUUUAUGUCAAUUCAAUUCUAAGUUCUUACUCAAUGUCUCACUUGACUUCAUCCCAUUUUCAUACUUUUGGCAUUUGAUGUGACUGAACAACGUAUAAGUGGCACAAAAGGCAGAUGGUUCGCACCACAGGUAGUGACAGAGUUAAGAGAAUAUUGUAGGCCAUUGUGGAGACGGGAGACGUGAGAGAGGAAAUGCUGAUGUGGUCCACGAUCAGUGUUGCCAGCACAACUUGCAACAUUUAGCUCCACCACAUAAUUAUAAUAGAACUACUGCUAGGUUGCAGUGGUAAUGGAAAAACAAGACAGUUGUUGCACAGUGUUCAGUACUGAACCAAUACGUGACAAAGAGGCCCAGCCACCACCUUUUCUUGUUCCACUCAGUCUCAUCUUUCUCCAUGUAUUUCUGAUGUCCUGUAUUCAGCAACAAUAUCAACCUUUUAAAGUCAAACACUGAGUUUCAAUGAAUGUGCUUGGUCAGAAUCGAGGAAAUGUCGCUUCCGGCUAGUGAACUCUUAUUGCCUGGUAACUUGUUAAGUCACCCAAUAGCCAGCACAGCCAUCACACCACACAAAUACAUGUAAAAUGAGCUCACCUACUGGAUGUGUGGAGAGGAGGAAUGGCCCUUCAAUGACAGGAGAGCAGUUAGGGGUGAAAGCACUUUGUGAUGUGCUGAAAAUAUACUUUUCAUGCAGAUGAUGUGCUAUGACCGAGAUGAAAUAUGGAAAUAGAACAAGGGAUUUCCAAGAACGUACUGUAAAGACGUUUGUGUUCAAAUCUGACAUGAUACAGUUGCAACAACUGUAUACACUACUCAUGUACAUACUUAGCAUCGCACACACCAAACACUGUAGAUCAUAAAGACUGGCAGCAGUGAUAAGAGGACGUGAAGCAAAAUUGUACCACCUGAGCUUUCUUUCAGAUUUACAUUUUACACAGUUCAUAGAAAUUCACUGAGCUGGCUUCUAAUAAGCUUGCAAUGCCAACUGGGAAAGUAAACUCAUUUUUUCAUGUCUCUGUUUCUCUCAUUGAACCUAAAAUAACACUUUAAUGGUGGUGAACAUAUGACAUAUGACAUAAGAAAAGUAGUAAACAGUAACAGCAAUGGUGACAAAAUUUAUCAUUACGCAGAUGUCCACAUUUAUGCUUAUGGUUUAACCACUUACCAUUGGCUGUGAUGAUUUUGAUUUCAUUCAAUAUGUUCAUCAAUUUUUGCUUUUUUCUGGAUAAGCAAAAAGGAUAAUCUCACAAAACGUGUUUUGAAUGUAUAGUUCGUGGUCGUAGCAUGUUGGAAAAUUAGCUUAAUUACCUUGUACCCAGACACCGAUUCCAAUUUUUUGAUGAGUUUUUACUUGCUGUUACACACUUGUGAUUUUUUAAGAACUUAUGAAAUUCUUUGCCACAAAUUACUCUUUAAGCACAGUUUUGUACAUUCAGUUUCCUUCACUUAGACAGAUGUUAAUACAAAGUAUUGGAGGGGAUUGCGAUUUUUAAACAUAUAUGCCAAUUGUGUGCGUUUUUGCUUAUAUUUUGAGGGGUUUUAACAUUUUCCUCAAUUUUGCGUUUUUUACAUCUGGAGUGCACGAAAACAAAAAAUAGGGGUUUCACUGUAUUGCCUGUUGUGACAUUUACACAUCACAUAGAUAUCAAAGCACUACAGAUCUCACACCAUUUUCCUCGAUCCCCAGUCAAGAAGCUGAAACAACACUGAAUACUUUGUUUCCAUUUCAGCUUGAUGAUGCUGAAAGAGAUUGUACCAAACAGCUCAUCAUUCAGAUGCAAGAAGCAAAGCAUUGCCAUUCACAAAAUAAUAUUUGCUGGUGAUCUUGAUGGAAGUAACUCCAUUUGAACACUGCAGUGAUCAUGAGGAUACGACAAUGUGAUCAGAUUUCAAAGACCCACCAUUGCUGUCAAAUAAACAACCACUGACUAUAUCCAGAUCUAGGUCCGUCCUGUCAAACCAGCAGUUCGGCAUUUUGCAAGGAGGGGGAGUAAUGCAAAGUAGUGAACAUUAUGCACCGUUGUGUAAAGGUUGCAGUAAUUGCAGGCUUGUGAUGUGUGGGUUACUGCCUACUUUAAUUACUUAUCAAUUAAGAUUUUUAACUUCUGGAAACUCCUGGAACUUAGUUACUAGACUAUUAUUUGUAUAAAUACGAGCACUCUGCUGGGGCAGAGGAAUGCCUUCAUGAGCGAGAGUGUUAAAAUUUCAAUGAUUAACUGCUGAAACAUUUUCAAAGAAGUCAUAGCAUUUGAAGCACUCCUAAAAACCAGUGGAUCUCACAUAACUGAAAACUGGUUAAAACUUGCAAUUGAUAACAUUGAGAUCUUUGGUGAAAAUUUGUUUAUAUCAAAUGAAUGGACUGUUGAGAAAUGAAGGUGUUGUAUUUGUUUCAGUAGACAAGAAACUCAAAUCCAACAAGAUGAAAAUUCAAAUCGCAUGCAAGAGUGUUUGAGCAAGACCUAGACUGUCUGGACAAGACUCACAAUCAGUAUCAUGGCUUCACACAAACUUGUAACUGGACCUUUCUAUUGACCACCAGUCCCACCCCCAGAUGCCACCAAAUACUUUAGAGAAAAUAUACGUUCACUAGUACAUAUAUUUCCCAAUUAUUCUUUAGGAGUCAAAGGAGACUUUAACCAUCCAGAUAAUUAGAUCCUACUCACAAAGGGAUACUCAAAUCAGGUCUCCAGCUACCAGACAACCAAUCGACUAGGAGAUUGGACAUCUCAAAUAGCUGAUAACAUUCACACAGGCGUGACCUGAGUCUCCUGUACAGUCAAGUCUCUUGUGGUGUGAAUUAAAUCAGUCUCAUUGGCCGUGGGCAAAGGAUGUAUGUAGCGCGCUUUUUUGUGUGCCGUGACCCCAGUAGUACAAUGUCCAGCGACAGUAUUACGGAUAAUGAUAUUACAAUACAGUAUUAUAAUUACUGCCAGUGCAGAAUGAGAAAAGUGAGAAAGUUGUGGGUUCGUGCUUACACUGAGAAUAAUAUAAAUUGUAGGUAAAAGUUGCCUAACUGCUUGGGUGCAUUGGAUGGGAAACAUAUCGAUAAAUUACCUGGGGCAGGGUCAACUAACUUCAGUUACAAAUACUACCUAUCCGCAGUAUUGCUGGCAUGCAGUGAUGCUGAUGUUUUAUUCAUUAUCAUUGAAACUGAUUAUGCAGGUAGAAACAGCGAUGGAGGGAUAUUUUGUCCUUCAGCAACCAAACACUGGAUUACAAAUGAAAGAUUAAACUUAGCAUUGCUUUCAAGAUUACCAGAUGAUGAAAAUGAAUAAAAUAUCCCUCAUUACUUUGUAGGAGACGAAGUGUUUCCAUUAUCACACUAAUUGAUGCAACCGCACCCACAAAAAAACUCUCGAUAAUCUAUGGAAUGUGCAUUUGGAAUGGUGACGCAGAACUUCCAAGUCCUGAGAUAAGCAAUCCUAUUUGUUCUCAAACUACAGAAAGAGUAGCGACAUAAUAAAAUCCAUGUGCAUAUUGCAUAACUUCAUUCGAAAACAUGAAGGUAUCCAAUACAGUUGUGGUGAACAACAAUGCAACAACUCCGAAACACCAACAGUCAGAAUACAGCCAAGGAGAGACACUGACCUGCAUGCUCAUUCUAUUACUUAUAAACUAAGGAAUUAUUUAGCCCACUACUUUCUGACACCCCGUGCUUCCCUCCCAUGGCAAUGGAAGUAGCAUCAACAAUAACCAUGAUCUACUGUAGUUGUCUUUCUUUACAAAAUUUUA